AGUUUGUGCUGAAUGAGUAAAUCGAAUAAACUUGCUUAUGAGAUUUUUUGUGACGAUAUUUUGAAACGUUUAAUUUAUUCUUUGUAUUUUUUCUUAAUAUUACUAAUGAUCAUUUCAUCUGUUAAACAUAGUUGUGCAUAGUGAACCCCCACAAUAUCUUCACUUUUGUCAUUGUCUCUCAAUUCUAUAUUAAAAUAAGCUCGUCACACAUGUAAUUAAAUGCAUAUACUUGUGUAUAUGUAUGUGUAGGGCAUUUUCGCAAAUCUUUGAACUGAAGCAUUUACAACGUACUUUUGAUAAAUAUCGAGCGUAAAUUUAUUAUUUGUUUGAUCCAGUCCAGUUUGAUCCACAAACCAGCUACAAAAGAUUAUCAGUUCCUUACGUUGUUCUCAUAAUACGUUAUAUCGCUAAUCUCUCAAAUGUUUGUUAUAUGUAUGUAGAUAACCGCAAAUGUGUGUAUUAUGUAAAGUCGCUCGGCUUGUCUCCCCUAUCUCGCCUAUGUAUUUGUGAGUUGAUCACGAACAGAGCAAGUCUGUAUUUUAAAAGCGGAGCUGCUGCUUUUGAUUAUUUUGAACAAUUUGUGACUUUGUGCGACUAUAAAAAUGAGGACCGUAUCACUAUACGAGCCCAGUGCAAAGAUGUGGCAAGCACUGGAUCUGAAAUUCAAUGAUGCCAGUCUAGGAGAGAACGAUCCAAUCUUCAGCAAUUAUUUGGAGACGCGGCAAUUGAGCUGUGACAAUGUCUGCUCCGUACUAACAACGCUCCUGUCCAUCGAGGAUAUAUCAACAAUCCACCUCUAUUCUCAGCUCGCUCAAUCUAGUGUGCAAAUUGGUGAGACCAAGUUGGGCAAAUUUCGCGUUGCGUUGCCCAAAAAUAUUAAUGCCAGAAUGUUGGUAACGCAUCUCGACGAUAUCGUGCUCUUGCCCGAGGGUACUUUGCCGGUUACGGCAGCGGCCAAGAACCAACUAAUGCGACUGCCAUCGAGCAGCAUAAUUGCAGAAAUCACCAGCAUAAACAUAUCAAACCAAAUUGUCAAACGCAAAAAUAAAGAUGGCGUUGUGUUUCAAUUUAAACGAUUUUGCAAAAUGUCGCCAAAUGAGUUGUUCAGAAACAAAAAAUUCGAUGUAAUGUUUCGCUCACCUCGGAUUCCAUAUCGCCUAAUGUAUCGCGCACUGAACGUGCUUAAUACAUCUCCCCAUGUGCGUCGCUAUCUCUUCCCCUCCGUUCCGGAUAAAGUCGUGAAGAUUGUUCCCAGAGAGCUGGCCACAUUUUCACUGAUCAACAAAUCCAUUGAGACUAAUCCGGAACAGUUGCUGGCUGUAAAGCAGAUCGUUGCCGGUCCCAAUCCGCGGGCACCUUACAUUGUCUUUGGACCGCCAGGCUGCGGCAAGACGACAACAAUUGUGGAGGCCAUACUUCAGCUGUACAUUCAGAAGGGUUGCCAUAUCCUUGUGACAGCGAACUCGAAUUCCGCCUGCGACACUAUCGCAUUGAAGAUUAUCGAGUGUAUUGAGAAGGAUAACAGAUUUCUUCAGCUUCCCAACGGCCUGACGCAUGUGCUCAUGCGCUUGGUCUCGUACACUAGACUCAGGAAAGCCGCAAAGCAGAUGAAUCCGUCGGUGUUGAAAUUCUCGAACUACUUGGCACAACGUAAUCGAUUCAAAAAUAAUCAAUCAGCCGUGCAGUGCGUUAAGUUGGAAAAUUAUGGAAUAAUUGUGACCACGCUGUGCACAGCUAGCAUGCGAGUUCGUGAAUAUCCAGGCAAGUUCAGUCACAUUUUCAUUGAUGAGGCAGGAUCAAGUUCAGAGCCCGAGACGCUAUUGGCCAUUGCGGACAUGAAGAGCAUCGAUUGCCAUGUAAUACUAUCUGGGGAUCACAAGCAGUUGGGUGCGGUCGUCAAGCGCAAGCGAGCGGCCGAUCUUGGCCUGGGCCAAUCUCUAAUGGAACGCCUGAUGCUCCACAAAUUGUACGAGGUGGACACCAGCAGUGGCAACUAUGAUCGCACACUGCAGUCACGAUUGGUACGCAGCUACCGAUCCCAUCCAGAGAUCGUUGGCCUCUACAAUAAGCUCUAUUACAAUAACGAAAUAAUACCACUGGCGCCUAUGGACCAGGUCAAUCUGGCCGAGAAGUGGAGCAUUCUACCAAAUGGGAAAUUUCCCGUUCUGUUUCAGGCCACGAAAGGCAGAAUGGAGACCGAAGCCAACUCAACGAGUAGCUAUAAUAUGGUGGAGGCUCAGGUACUCUGCUGGUAUGUGGCUACCCUGCUCAAAGGUGGACUUGGUGACGUGCCGGUUGAGCAGAAGCAUAUUGGCGUCGUGACUCCAUACCUGGGCCAAUGCCGUCUCUUGACAUAUAUGCUACGUAAAAUGGACCUGUUUAACGUAAAUGUGGGCACGGUGGAGACCUACCAGGGACGUGAAAAGCCUAUUAUUAUUGCAUCGCUGGUUAUUUCAAGCGAGACCAUCCACUUUCUGUCCAAUCCACGUCGGGUGAACGCGAUGAUAUCGCGUGCCAGGACGUUGCUCAUCCUAAUCGGUAAUCCAACCGCGGUCAGUAAAAAUGACGGUCUCAAAUUCAUCGUCGAGCAGUGCAAACUGAAUCGCAACAUUUUGUAUGAAGAGCCCAAACUAAUGGAUGGCAUUAUUGACGACCUAGAUAAUUUGAAUUUACGUAAUGCUGACGAUGAUGAUGAGGACAGCGACAGCAGCAACUCUUCCUGCUGUUGAGCAUAGCAGUUUAUCGGAUGUCAUUUUUUUAUCACUUUUAUAUCAUUUUUUAAUCGCAAAAUAAAGAUUUAUAUAUUCCUAUGAUAUGUAAA